CGCUGAAUGCCUGCUGCUAAUUUCUGAGGUAAUGGAGGUGUUAGCCAGAGGCCUGAACGGUUCUUAACCUUAGAAAGAGUGAAAUAACUUGUAAUUCCAAUUUUUAAUAAGAAUAAAAGAAAGCUCUUAAUGAGGGGUAUGGAGGGGGGAAUGGAGGUAGUUUGACCUCAGAGCUACACAGGGAGACUUACAGUAACAACUUUUGAAAUCAUUUAAGAAAUGGCUGGCCCGACCACAUUUGGAGUAUUGUGUGCAGUUUGGACCCCAUAUCUCGGGAAGGAUGUACUGGCUGUGGAGCACGUUCAGAAAGAGACAGGAUUAUCCCUGAAGAACUAUGAAUGAACUGUCUUCGAAUGGGCGUCCUUUUCUUUGUGGUGCUGACUCAUGCUGGGGUAUGGCUCCACAAGUGCCUGUUGCUCUUCAGUGCUUCACCCAAGAUUGGGAUCAUCUCAGAAGAACUAUGACUGAGCUGUCUUUAAAAGGUCUUCCACUUAUGCAUGAUCCAGUGAUUGGAGAGCUGUUAGCUGAGAAACAGGCUGUGGACUUGAAGAAAGAAGAAAAGCUGAGGAAGAAUAGAGAAGCCAUGAAAAAGCAUCGGGAAGAAGAGACGGCAGAACAGAGGGAAGAUAGACUGCGCAAAAACAGAGAAGCGAUGAGAGUGCGCCGUCAAAUGGAAUCAGAGGAGCAGCGAGAUGAUAGACUGCGCAAGAACCGUGAGGCCAUGAAAAGAUUCCGUGAAAGAGAGACUGAAGCACAGCGACAUGAACGAUUGCGCAAAAAUAGGGAAUCCAUCAAAAGCCGACGGCAGCAGGAAUCACAGGAGCAGAGAGAGGAGAGGCUGCGCAAAAAUUGGGAAUCAACCAAAGUUCGCCGGCAGGAAGAAACUGAGGAAGAGCGAGAGCAAAGGUUACGUAGGAACUGGGAUGGAAUUAAAAGGCGCCGUGAACAGGAAACGGAGGAGCAGCGGCAAAAACGGUUGCGCAAAAAUUGGGAAGGAAUAAAGAACCGGCGGCAGCAGAAGAACGAGGGUGAGAAAGAAGAUAUGUUGUGCAGAAUUUGGGAAGCAAUGAGACAAUUUACCCAGCAGGAAAUGCAGGAGGAUAGAGACAAACGAUGUCACUUGCUUUUUGACAGGGGACUCGUAGAAGGAGCACAGGAGGGCAAGGAUGAGAGGUUGCAGAACAGAGAGACACCGAGAUGCUGCUUCCAACAAGAAAUGGAGCAAAGAAAAUGAAGAGCAGGAGAAUUUUGAAAAUUGUGUUGCUUCAGUGCCAUGAUAUCUCCAGCAUCUCCUUAAAUUGAAGUCUUUGACCAAUAAUACUCUCCUGAUUUAGUUAUUGAACAUUGUUAUGCCAUUGAACAUAUCAAAUCAUGCAGGUGGUGGAUAAGGUCAUCUUAAUUCAUGGUGGUCAGUGAUUCACUAAACUUAAAAUACAUACUGAUCAAAUAUGACAAUAUGGUGAUCACUGCACCCACUUAACAUUGUAGAAACAAUUUUUUUUGUUAGUUGCAACUAAUUGCUUUUCAAAAAGAAAUGCAAGAAAUGCUUCACUAUAUUGUAUGUUACAGGUAAUUAUGGCCUUCAUAAACAUUGUGGUUCAUUUCAGUUAGAAUGCAAUUGCAUUUGUCACCAAGCCUUUGGAGUUCUUAUAUAGACACUGAUAACACACAGAUUCAAUUUGCAAAGGAAUUUAAAUACACUGAUUAAGGACCAGGAGCCUUUGCUCUAAAAUGUUGGUGAUGAAAUUUAAUAAAUUGUCAGCCCUUUCUUAUGUUUUUCAAAGUCACUCUUCUAAUUUGUAUGGAAUGGAUUUGGAAGUUGUAACGAAGGCUGGCUAUGUAUCCCUCAAAUAGACUGCACUGAAAGCUCUACUAUAUUUGUUGCUAGAAUUUUUCUAUUGUAACAAAAGAUCUCGUGAAAUACAAAGUUUGUGGUUUACCUGUUAAUUUGGAGAGUCAUUACCUCCAUUUUUAUUGAAAAUAUUACUGUAUCCACAAUGUCUUUCUUUCAUUCCUGUUUGGCUGAAAUAUCUGGUAAUGAAUGCUGAACUCCUUCCCAAAUGUAAUUUUUGAGUUUCCUCUUCCAAGAAAGGAGAGGAAAAACUGAUUUCAUUGGGAUUCUUGGUGGGGGGUGGUUAGGACAUGGAAAACUGUGUUCUCUCUUUUAUUUUGGUAAAUAACAGUAGAGCUUUAAUUCCAUUUUUGACAAAUCAUUACUUGUGGUGUUCUGAAGUUUAUCAUUGAUUCACUUUGCAAUGUUCAUUGCAAUAAAAUGUUUGCCUCUUGCCCAAAAUUUAUUGACAAAUUACACUUGAGGUUAACAUAAGGGGGAGAAAAAUAUGAGUACCUAAUCAUGUCCCACAGAUGUUUUACAACCACACAAUUUAUGAAAUGUCAUUGCUACAAUUAUGUAGAUAUAUGCGGGAGCCAAUUUUUAAUCUCUUAGGUUCCAUGAGGCACAAAUAAAAACUAAUUAAUUAGGUAAGUUAUUUAUAGUGGUGUUGGUUCAAGGAGAAAUGUUGUCUAGUAUA